AUGUCAUAUUCCAAGGGUGCAACUCCUAAAUCGAACAGGGCUUCCUCUUUCUCUGCCGUAGACCAUCAUAUAACCAACAUGAAAGGUUUCAGAAACUUCAAAAUUGCUCACCAAAAGAUAUCAUUGGAUAUAGAUUUAGCUAGCCAUUCCAUUAAGGGGUCUACAGAUAUAGUUAUCAUCCCAUUGGUUCAAAAUUUGGACUAUAUUUCACUAGAUUGUAAAAAAUUGAAAAUUAAUGACGUCUUAAUUGAGAAGAGAAGAUGUGAUAAUUAUUUUCAUGAUGAUCCAUUAACUACAUUAGAAAAAAAUUAUAUGAAAGAUACAAAUGGAUCCAGCUUAAAAGCAUCCUAUUUAAAAACAUCCAUUGAACAAUCACAUUUCCUUAGAGAAAAAUUCGCAGACUUAAACGAACCAUCUCCAAUAUUGGAAACCACUGAUGAUAGAACUAAAUCACAAUUAAUAAUUAAAGUACCAUCCUCCAUAAAGAUUACAUUACAAGAUGCAAACCUUUUGGCAAAUUUCACUCCAAUAACUCCAAGCUUUAAAGGUGGAACUCCAUCAAAUAAUACAUACAUGAAUAAUCAAGAAUCAGUUUUCACUCCAAUAACAAUAAGGAUAGAUUAUGAAGUGAAUAAUCCCAACACAGGGGUUAAAUUCGAUACUUUCUUACAAGAUAAACCAUACCUUUGGAACGCAUACACUACAAACGCAGAAUUAUGUUCUACAGCAUCGUAUUGGAUGCCAUGCGUUAAUUCAUUGGAUGAAAAAUCUACGUGGGAAAUUGAAAUUAAUGUACCAAGGAAAGUGAAAGAUAUUGGUUUGACUAAAAUCAUUGGUCAAAAUGAUGUGAUCAGUAGUAAUACUAAUAACGAGAAGACAAAAAGUGAACAUAAGAUUAAAUUGAAAUUGACAUCAACUGAAGUGGAACAAGGUGAAAAACAAAGAAAAGAUGAAGAUUUGGAAGAAAAAAAUAAGAAAGAAUCGAAUAUUGAUGACGACCAUGACGAUGACGACGACGAUGAUGAUGACGAAGAGGACGAUGAUGAAGAUGAGGAUGAACAAUCUCGUUUAGAAAAUGAUUUGUCAAAUCCAAUGAAUAGAGAUAUCAAAGUGUGCUGUUCUGAAUACUCAACGAUGGUAGAAACUACACAUCCAACAGAUUUAUCUAAAAAAGUUUUAUCUUUCCAAAUAUUUAACCCUGUAGCACCCCAUCAUAUUGGUUGGGCAGUUGGUGCAUUUGAUGUCUAUACUUUACCUUCUAUCGCACAACUUGAUAAACCUAUAGUCACCAACAACACUGAAAUUAACGAAGAAGAACAAGAUGAAUAUAAUGAUGAUUAUAAUAUGCAAAAUAAUGGUUUGGAUGCAACUAAUCAAAAUGAUCAUUUCCAAGAAAAUACUGAAAAUAUUGAUGACAUCAAUAUGGAUUCAGCUGAUAUUAUUCCAAUUCAAAUAUAUGCAUUACCAACGGCAGAUAUUGAUGAACAAACUAUUUUAAACUCAACUAUCGUAUGCCCUAAAAUUAUAGAUUUCUAUUCUAAAGAAUUUGGAUCUUACCCAUUCACAUCCUAUGCGAUGGUAUUUCUACCGACUGUAUCAGAUAUGACAAUGGAUUUCGCAAGUUUAACCAUCUGUAAUACAAGAUUAUUAUAUCGACCAGAUAUUAUUGAUUUAAUGUUUGAAACAACAAAUCAAUUGGCUUGGUCCAUAGCAAAUCAAUGGUCUGGUGUCAAUAUUACACCUAUGGAAGUUAAUGAUAUUUGGUGUUGUAUAGGGAUGGCAGGUUAUAUGGUAUUACAAUUUUCCAAGACUUUAUUAGGUAACAAUGAAUUCAAAUAUCGAUUAACGAAAUUUAAUGAACAAAUCGUUGAACAAGAUUGGGAGAAAUCACCACUUGGGACAGCUUUCACUAAUGCAUCAAGACCAAUCUCUACUACAUCUCGUGAUUUGGAAUUUAUCAAAUUGAAAGCACCAAUGGUUCUUUAUAUCUUAGAUAGAAGAAUGACAAAGACUGAAAGAUCAUUUGGGAUGUCUCGUGUAUUACCAAAAAUUUUCCUACAAGCAAUGUCUGGUGCCUUAUCAAAUAAUUCUUUAACAUCGCAACAUUUCCAACAUGUUUGUGAGCGUGUUAAUAAAAAUAAGUUGGAAUAUUUUUUCCAACAAUGGGUUUAUGGGUCUGGUGUCCCAAUCUUACGUGUCACUCAACGUUUCAACAAGAAAAAAAUGGUGGUAGAAAUGGGCAUAAGACAAUGUCAAGAUAAAGAAUUAGACCAAGGGAAAGUUAUUGGAGAAGAUGGGUUUUUCGCAAGCGCAUUAGAACACAUUGAUCAUCCAGAUAGAAAUAGAACUUCAUUUUUCACUGGGUCAAUGACUAUUAGAAUUCAUGAAGCUGAUGGGACACCAUACGAGCAUAUAGUGGAAUUGAAGGAUAUAUUUACCAAGAUUGAAAUUCAAUAUAAUACAAAAUAUAGAAGGAUAAGAAAUAAAAGAUUAAACGUUGGUGGAACAAAUACUCCAUCGGGGUCUGGUGCUUUAAGUAGUGCAGCCAGUAGGACGAACUUAAAUUCGCAAGAGUUUUUAAAUGAACAAAUGGAUGCCAUACCGAGCAAUCGAGAUGUAGAUUCCAAAAUAGAAAAACUUGGUAAUGUUUUAACAACAAGAGAAAAUCGUGAACGAUGGAACUUAACGGAUUUCUCUAAGACAACAGAAGGUAAUGAAUUCCAACGCCAGAAUGAAGCAUUUGAAUGGCUUCGAAUUGAUUCUGAUUCUGAAUGGAUUUGUAAAAUUCAUAUUAACCAACCAGACUAUAUGUUUGCAUCUCAGUUACAACAAGAUGGGGAUGUAGAAGCUCAAUUAGAAAGUAUACGAUACUAUGAGGCUGUUAUUCUUGAUAGUCCAGUAAAUUCAAUGAUAUAUUCUUCAAUAUUAACCAGGACAGCAAUGGACAGGCGGUAUUUUUAUGGUAUCAGAUUAGAGGCAUGCCGGGCCCUUUCUAAAUAUGCUAUGAAUGAAACUGAUCCAAAUAAUUUUAUGGGUGGCUCAAGGCAUUUAAUUAAAGUGUUCCAAAGUCUGUUUUGUUUAGAUAACUCCAAUAUUCCUAAGAACAAUAAUUUUUCAGAUUUCCAAUUAUAUUUUCUGCAAAAGGAGAUACCAAGUUUCUUAAGUAAGGUAAGAAAUGAAAGAAAUGAAUCGCCACAUUUUAUUAAACAAUUUCUGUUGGAUCUGUUAACUUACAAUGAAAAUUCCGAGAACAAUUACAAUGACUGUUAUUAUGUUGCAACAUUGUUACAUGCAGUUGUAGAUUGUGCUAUAGCGGAUCGUGAAGAUGAAACUUUUUUACCUAAAGUAUUAGACCAAAUUCGUAGAUAUGAAAAUUUAGAAAAAUGGCUCCCCACUUACCAAUUGAUUGUAACUUAUACGAUUAUUGAAAUAAAAUUGAAGCUUCAUGUUGCUGGAUUGUAUUCUUUUGAAAAUAAUGAUGAAAUUCUGCAACUUUCUUUAGCCUAUGCAAAUGACACGAAAUACUCAGAUAAUAUACCCAAAAUAAGGGAAGCAUGUCAAGAUAUAUCAUUACUGGGAUUUCAAAUAUUAUUAAUUGAAGGUGGGCUGAAAAAUAAAGACGUUUUAAAGUAUUUUUUCGAAUCAUUGUGUUUUACACCUGAAUUAUAUAUCAAGGAAAGGUUAGUUGAUAUAUUUGUCGAGGCUCUUAAUUUUAUUAUGAAGCGUAGACUAGUUGAUCGUUUUAAUGACGAUUUGGAUUAUAUUUCUGAAAAGAUUAAUCCUAAAUCGUUAAAUUUAAGUAACGAGGAUGAAAUUGCAUCAUUAGUUAUGGGUGGAUUUGAAGAAGAAAUAUUAGAUCGUAAAGAACGUAAUAUGAGGUCUACCAUUAUUGGUCUUACUACGUUAUUAAGAUUACAAUUUAAGGAUUAUCUGCCUUUAAGACAACUAUUUUGGGAUGUAUUGCAUGUUCCAACUUUAAGCUUGUAUCAAAGAAAACGUUUAUUUGAUGUUGCCAAAGUUUUAUAUACUUUAACUGAUAGUUUCGAAGUCGUAUUGCCAAUGCCGAGGGAUAGGAAAUUAGUUGCAAAGAUUGAUGAAGAUAAUAAAGUAGUUAUUAAACGUGAAGGUAUACUUAAAGUCCAUUUGGCACCAAAGUUGAAGGUUAUAAGUCGUAAACCAAGUGUUACGUUCGUUAAUCCAAAAAAUAAUACUGUCGAAAAGAGUAACUUAUUAGCUAUAAAGGACACAUCAGUAAUGACAGGAACCCCCUCGAUACCCAGUUCUCCUGCAACGUCUAUAUCUACUGAUUCGUCAACUACAGUGCCCAAGAUCAAAGUCUCUGGUAACAAAAUUAAAUUAACGUUAGGGAAAGUAUCGAAACCUAAGAAAGUAAGAUCAUCAAGAGGAACGAUUAAUAGAGUAGGAGUUCUACCUAUUAGAUUUGUGAAAAUAUCCACUAAACCUGUUGGUAAAGAAAACGUGCCAGUGAAAAAAGUGGACAUAUCCUCGGUCCCAUUUAGUAAUAGAGUUCAAAUUUCCAAAGCCAACAGUCGAGCGUUCAUUAUUAAGAUCAAGCUUCCUUCCAAGGGAAAAAAAGGCGAUAUACACACAGACAAGACCUCAAGUUUAGUAUAG